AUGACAAUCAACAAUCCAGAUUCUUACCAGCAUGGUCUUGGGGUUCACAAUCCAUUCGCCGACUAUCUCAAGUUCCUUCCCAAAGAGAUCCUCCUCCCGACAUUCUAUACACCGGCGGAGCGGGAGCUGCUUUUGGGUACAUCCCUGUCCGAUGCUUUGAAACAGAAGGCCGCUAGUCUGGAACGAGAAUUCGACAAUCUCAGAGAAGCGACGCAGGUCAUCCCCUGGUGCCAACGUGUCUGGUGGGACGAUCAACCCACUCGCCUGGACAUUGAGGACUGGAAACUUGCAGAUGCGAUUUACCGGUCGCGUGCUUUGGAAUUACCUCGAGGGGCGGGCGUGGGUAUGGUCCCCGUAUUAGACAUGGCAAACCAUGCUUCCGAGGAUCACUUUAACGCACAUUUCGAGGUCGACGAGACGCAGGGCCAGGUGUUGCUCGUCGCCAGGGACAAUAAAUCAAUCCGCCAAGGGGAAGAGAUCACAAUCAUGUAUGGGGUCGGUGGUGCAUGCGAGAUGAUUUUCUCCUAUGGAUUUCUGGACGAGCACGCGACCAGCGCGAGGGAGAUGUUCCUCGAUCUGCCCAUAUCAUUCGAUGACCCGUUGAGGCUAGCAAAGAUUCGGUUCGCCCAGGAAGCCCCUGGGGUGCGUCUAUACGUGGAUCAGCAAAACGAGAUACAGUGGGAGAGUACAUUUGUGUGGUGGGCCUGUGUGAAUCAAGAAGACGGCCUAGACUUUCGAGUGGAGCAAGCGGUGACCGGAGACACGGAACUCAAGGCGGUAUGGAACGACCAGGACCUGCAAGCGGAUGGCCUGCAACCGACACUACGCAAGCAUCGUCUGUACGAUGUCUUUUUGCUUCGAGCGACCGUCACCAUCCAAAAUAGAGUUGAAUCGCAGGGAAUAACCUUGGCCGUGAGCCAGGAUUCUUUUGAAGCGCAUCUUCCUGACCAGGUCCAAAUCAGGACAUCGGUAUAUGAAACGAUCGGGAGACUUCGGAGCCUGGAGACAGAUCUAUUGACCAGAGCGUAUGAAACACUGGAAGAGCAGGUAACGUGA